AUGCAUAGCGUCCAGAUGAAAGGUAAUGCCAGUGUCCUUCCGGUAAGAUUCUCCUUCUCCGGCGAAUUCCUGAGUUUUUCGGCGCAAGCUAUGGUGGGAUGUGCUGCCGUCGUAGAAAUUAUUAGAUGUACGAGGGACACCGCUACUAAAAUAGUCUGCGUCCGCCACUGCUCCCCCAAUUCUAACCCUACUCCCAACCUCUCCAAUGCAAACCCAAACAAAAACCCAUCGACAAACACUAACCCACCAUGGGCAACAUGCCCUAGAGACGCCUUGAAACUAGGAGUGUGCGCCAAUCUUCUUAGGGGGUUGAUUAGUGUUGAGGUGGGUUUGCCACCAUUAAAGCCUUGCUGCUCUCUUUUCCAAGGACUUAUCGACCUUGAGGCUGCUCUCUGCCUUUGCACUGUCAUCAAAGCCAACGUGUUGGGUAUCAAUCUCGAUGUACCACUAUCUCUCAGCUUGCUACUUAAUGCUUGUGGCAACAAAGUCCCAAGUGGCUUCAAGUGUGCCUAA